UGUACAUGUCCCUACGUUGUCGUAAUCCGUUGCUAACAACUGCUAUAAUAACAUCAACCUGCCGCAACUUUACAAGUGAAUCAUACUACUCAGUCAUGUUUAUAAUUAUUAUGUGGUAGUAGUCUGCGAUAAUGAAGUCGUCGUGGUGUUAACAUUUUGUUUUAUUUUUUAUUUCGCUGUAACAGCCUGCUCUGCGAUUUGGUCUCUAGUCCGGACAUUCAUUGCUUGUUUUUAUCCUGUCUGAUUUCAUUCUGGCCUCUACCAGCGUCGGUGAAGUAGCUUUUCUCAGUAUUGUCCUCUAUUGAAACAUGUUUACUUUAUAAAGAUGACAGUGAGGGGGACCCUGUAAACUAAAUGACUGUCAGAAAUAUCGCCUCCAUUUGUAAUAUGGGCACCAAUGCCUCUGCUCUGGAGAAAGACAUUGGUCCGGAGCAGUUCCCAAUCAACGAACACUACUUUGGAUUGGUCAACUUUGGCAACACAUGUUAUUGUAACUCGGUGCUCCAGGCCCUGUUCUUCUGCCGGCCCUUCCGGGAGAACGUGCUGGCCUACAAGGCCCAGCAGAAGAAAAAGGAGAAUCUGCUCACGUGUCUGGCAGAUCUUUUCCACAGCAUUGCCACCCAGAAGAAGAAGGUCGGAGUCAUCCCGCCCAAGAAGUUCAUCUCACGUCUGCGCAAGGAGAAUGACCUGUUCGAUAACUACAUGCAGCAGGACGCCCAUGAGUUCCUCAACUACCUGCUGAACACCGUGGCAGACAUCCUGCAGGAGGAGAAGAAGCAAGAGAAGCAGAACGGGCGCCUGAAGAACAACGGCACCGCCGUCACCGCGGACACGGAGCCGGAGAACAAGACGAUCGAGCCCACCUGGGUGCAUGACAUCUUCCAGGGAACGCUAACCAACGAGACCCGCUGCCUCAACUGUGAGACGGUAAGCAGCAAAGAUGAGGACUUCCUGGAUCUGUCUGUGGACGUGGAGCAGAACACAUCAAUAACACACUGCCUCAGGGACUUCAGCAACACAGAGACCCUGUGCAGUGAAUACAAAUACUACUGUGAGACGUGCUGCAGCAAGCAGGAGGCCCAGAAACGGAUGCGUGUGAAGAAGCUGCCAAUGAUCCUGGCUCUCCACCUGAAGAGGUUUAAGUAUAUGGAGCAGCUUCACCGCUACACCAAGUUAUCCUAUCGCGUUGUGUUCCCCCUGGAGCUCCGCCUCUUCAACACCUCUGGAGACGCGGUCAACCUCGACCGCAUGUACGACCUGGUGGCUGUGGUCGUCCACUGUGGCAGCGGACCCAACCGAGGACACUACAUCACCAUAGUGAAGAGUCAUGGCUUCUGGCUGCUGUUUGAUGAUGACAUUGUGGAGAAAAUAGAUGCCCAGGCCAUCGAGGAGUUCUACGGCCUGACGUCAGACAUCUCCAAGAACUCUGAGUCUGGAUACAUCCUCUUCUACCAAUCCAGGGAGUAACAGGAAUGAACACUUGGCCACAAAGACAGCAGGAGAGAAGGAAGGGAAUGUUGACCCCUGACCCCUCUGUGCCAACACCAUUCCCUGUCCCACAGCCGACCUUGGGUCUGCCUGCACUACAUUUCCUGUGCCCUUCUUCUCUCCCUCCCUGCGCUCAGCAUGCCAGGAAGACUCUGUACUGCUUUUCAGCUUCAGCCACCUGCAUUUGGGCAGCACUUUAGAACAACAAAGAUAUGGAACAAAAAACAGAGUCGCAACGAGUGGGGAAAGAAGACAGGAAGCUACACCAACCUGGGGUGUGAUGGCCGUUUGCCUCCACAUGGGGCCCGGUGUGGUUACUCUCCAUGAGUCUCUGCUGUAAAGAGCUGGCUGGACUGGUACAGGCUGCUGUUGAAAAUAUUGACUCAUUUGUAUACCUGUAUAGUAUGUUUAUUUUCACAAUGUCACCCGUUCAUGAAUCAUUUUAGUAGGGCUAUCAUGUGACCUUGUAUGUACAAUGUCAAGUGGGGAAUUACUGGAGCAGGGAUGUAAUGUAUGUUUUUGGGAUGUAUGCUAGUUUGGAGAGAGUCUAUGUGACUGCUGAACUGUGUUUACUGUUUCAUCUGCUGUUACCAGGCCAAACCUAUUAAUUACAGUCCUGUAAUAUCCUCCAGAAGACCAAGCAGCAUGUUUGUAUCUGUGUCGGCUACUCUGCUCUUUUCCCACAGAGACCGGCCAAGAGCAACAUUCUCCCUAGUAGCCCGGUUAUAUCUGUAGAAUUCACUAGAACAGUCCUUGACAUGCACUAUUCUCCUGUUCCAACAGCCUGUAGAAUUGACUGGUUAAGUUCAGACCCUGUUUUGGUUUCCCCUGGCCCUGUUGUGUGAUACAAUAUUUAUUGCUGGUCUUUCUUUUUGUUGGGAGUUGUAAUGUCUACUGUGCUAGAAGGUGAAGGGGUUUGACCCAUCUGGAUGCCAUCCAGUUGUCUUUUGUAUGUAAUGUCUACCCCACCGAGUGGGUGGACCACUUUCCCGGGGUUGAGUUCAGAAACGUCUUUACUAGCUCUAAUUGGAAGUUACUGGAAAGUUCUGUCAAACAACACAAUGCCAUGAGGUACGAAUGUGAGGGAGAUGACGUGAAUGUAAAUGUUCCUAUGUUUUGUCUCUGGCUCGUCUCCUCCCUGUCAUUGGUAUGUGUGUGUGAGAAGCGACGACCUAGGGCGUUGGUACUCCAUUGUUCUGUGCGAUGUGGAGUUGUGGUCCACAUGCUGCAAGCGCUUGUAUGAUAACUGUCAUUUUUGUGUGUGCAGCCACACAAUAGUCUGAAUAUAGAUGUUGGUCAUUUCCAUUUUGAAGUAUUGGCCUCUUGUUUUAUCCCCUUGGUCUGUUAUGUAGUAGUCUUUGUUUUGCAUUAGACCUUGAACCAGUGUUCACUGUUCAGAAUCUGUGCCUGUAGAUGUGUAUGUAUGACCUAUAUAGACCAGUUGGUUUACCGUUCUGUCAGGUCACGUUAAGCUCUGUUUGGGUCACUGUCCAGUAGAACCAUAUCAAAGGUUUUGUAGAUGUUAACAAAUGGAGGCAGUACUGCUCUUACUGUCCAAUGACAGUCUCUAAUUCACUGUGAUACUUUAAGAAUUCCUACCCAAAGGCACCACCCAAUAAGGUGAAGUCCAGAUGACCUGGGUUGUGACCCUUAUGUGUUGGUCAGUAUAAUGUGUCAUGUGAGAGAGCAUGUUGAAGUGUUUGGAUGGAUUACUGCCUAUUUUCUUUGUUCAACUGGGUAAAGUUUGAUGAAUAUGUGCCAAACUGGAGUCAUUAAUGACCUUGCAAAACUGGAAUCAACUUGUACAGAACUGUUUGCCCUGUUUAAAUUUAAGUGUGUAUUUAAAUUAUGUGCAAAAUGACAUAAAAUAUAUAUAUAGGAAAUAUAUUUUUAAAACCUUGAAACUAAAACACUAAGAGAAACCGUAGUUGAAAAUAAUAAACCAUGGAGCUCCUUUACAAUCAACCCUAAACCAAUCAAUGAGUCAAUUACAAUCAGUGAAUCAAACAGUAGCUCCACAAUUGACAAGUCAGUUGGGAUUAUAUUUAUUACAUGCUUAACAAAACAGUUGGGAGAACACAAUUUUAAAUGGGUUACUAUGACCGGAGACAGCGUGUGCAUGAAUCUUCCAGAUCUCUAUUCAUUGCUAACGUGGUCUUCUAUAACCAGAAGUGUUCUACCUACGAGAUGCUGGUGAGGAAUACAGAGGUACUGUGCUAGCCUCUCUGGUUUGAUAAGAGUAGAAGUAGAGAGUAGAAGGGAGACCCAGGCACGAGAUGACUCCAUUCCAAUGAGUUGUUUGGUAACUGAAAGUGCACUUUACUGUUGAUGUACUGAAACACUUCCAUAACAACCACAGUCAUUUUUAAGAUUUAUUUUUCCCGUGUUCCAAUAAAAUGACUUUAUCAACUGAGA